AUACAUUAAGACAAUUUCAUUUUCAUACUUCACCAACAAACCCUACCCUGCUUUAGAGCACAAAUAGUUUAACGAAAAAUUUUCCUUGGUUAAAUUAUCAGUCAAAAAUGGCUUCUGCUUGGGCUUCCUCUGCCAUUGCAGCUGUUUCUUCUCCCAGCUUGCAGAAAGCUGGGUCUGCUUUGGCAGCAACAAAGGCUUCGUUUUUUGGCGGGAGGAAGUUGAGAGUGAGAAACGUGGCAGCACCGAGUGGAUCGUCAUCAACAUCCUUCAGAGUAUGUGCUGCUGCAGCUGACCCUGACAGACCUCUAUGGUUCCCAGGCAGCACCCCACCUCCAUGGCUCGAUGGAAGCCUUCCAGGAGACUUUGGCUUUGAUCCUCUUGGUCUUUCAUCUGACCCUGACAGCCUAAAGUGGAACGCUCAGGCUGAGCUCGUACACUGCCGGUGGGCGAUGUUGGGUGCUGCCGGCAUCUUCAUCCCGGAGUUCUUGACAAAGAUUGGCAUCCUCAACACUCCUUCAUGGUACACAGCAGGAGAACAAGAGUACUUCACUGACACAACCACCCUAUUCAUUGUCGAGCUAAUUUUCAUUGGCUGGGCUGAGGGAAGGAGGUGGGCAGACAUCCUCAAGCCUGGGUCUGUUAACACCGACCCCAUUUUCCCCAACAACAAGCUCACCGGCACAGACGUUGGUUACCCGGGUGGCCUCUGGUUCGACCCUCUUGGAUGGGGAAGUGGCUCACCUGAGAAGAUCAAGGAGUUGAGGACAAAGGAGAUCAAGAAUGGGAGACUGGCUAUGUUGGCUGUCAUGGGUGCUUGGUUUCAACACAUUUACACCGGUACCGGCCCCAUUGACAACCUCUUUGCUCACCUUGCUGAUCCUGGCCACGCCACUAUUUUCUCUGCUUUCAAUAAGGUUCAAUAAGUGAGAGCAAAGUUGUUGGUGAAUUCCGAUUGGAUCCAAGUUUGGAAGAAGGGGCAACUAUGGGGAUCACAUAUCAUUAAUCUUGAGGACUGAGGCUUACGGUUAUGCAUGAAACCAAAGGGAAAUUUGUAGGACUAAGACCUGUAAACUUGUUAUGUGAUUUGAUAGAACCAUCUUCUGAUGUACAAAUAUAUGUUUGGACUUUAACUCCAUAUAUAUGUAUUGAAUCAGUUGUUAACGUACACUGUUUAUUAAGCAAGCAACACUCCAGUGAUUGAAAUAUUCAAUGAUCAACAUCAAUGUACAAUUGAUUUCA